AUGGUUGACAUAUCUACUAUCACGUCGGUAGAGGGAACGAAGUGGACUUUCCUGUUAUUUUCCCAUUGGCAGGAGCUUCUCUUUGGCUUCUUAAUCGUUUACGUUGUUUCACUUCUGUGGAAGGUAUUCGACCGUCUUUACCUUCACCCAAUCUCGUCCGUGCCAGGCCCAAGACUCGCCGCUAUCACCUCCCUAUAUGGGUUUUAUUACAAUUACGUUAAAGAUGGCACAUACAGUAAACGAUUUUCCGAGUUACAUGAAAAAUAUGACUCACCUGUAAUUCGCGUUGGGCCCAACCGAGUGCAUGUCAAUGAUGUGAAGUUCUAUGAGACUGUAUUCCGUGCAGGAGCGCCCUUUUACAAAGAACCCGAAUUCUAUCAGUCGCUUGGGGCUGAUGGAGCACUGGCCUCUCUAACUGACCCGGCAGUGCACCGGAAGCAUCGUAGCUACCUGAGCUCACUAUUCUCCGCGCAAACAACGCUGGAUUUGAAGCCCCGGCUUCUAGAGACCUUGAAUAAGGCUGCCAGUCAUCUUCAGACAGCAGCCGCGAAAGAUCAAUCAGUCGAUAUACAAAAGAUUUACAGCGAGCUCAUUGGCGAUGUCGUAUGCGAUCUGAUGUUCGCGCAUAGCUACGAUUUCAUCGACUCCGGCGAUGAAGGCCACCCUCUGCUGAAUGAAAUCGACAAUCUGGGGACGAUGACCUGGCUCAUGAUGGAGUUUCCGGCCAUCAAGACGAUCAUGAAAGCUCUCCCAUCGUCUGUAGGUCACAAGUUAAGUCCGGAAAUUAUCAGGUUCAGACAGUUCUGUGAUGACCGGUUGGUAGAGGCACAACACAGAAAGCUAUCCGGCAAUGUCCCAGCCAGGAAGUCAUAUUUCGAUCUGUACUUGGAAAUUGACAGUCGCAAAGACUCGCUACCGAACGUGGCAGAGGUCUUCGAUGGUGCCUUUAACUUCAUGACCGCAGGCAUUCACACAACUGCCUAUACUCUAUCCUGGGCCACUUUCAAUAUCCUAAAUUCCCCAUCCGUAUUGGCCAAGGUCCAAGCUGAACUGGAUAGAGCCAAGGUGGCGAUCCGCGAUGUCUUCGACCCAAAGUCGAUUCAAAAUCUGCCUUACCUCGGAGGGGUCAUCCGAGAAACAAUGAGGAUGGCUGACCCCGUUCCCGGCUAUCUUCCUCGUGUAGUCCCAAAGGAGGGCGUUCAAAUUGGCUCAUUCUUCCUACCCGGAGGUACCAGCGUCUCUACCGCCCACCCUGUCAUCCAUAUGGAUCCAACCAUCUUUCCCGAGCCAGAGAAGUUCGACCCCGAUCGCUGGAUACGUGGUGGAGAGGAGUUAGAAAGAUACAGUGUUCCUUUUGGGAAGGGUUCUCGUCGCUGUAUUGGAAUGAGCGUGGCUUACAUGGAGUUAUACGCCGUUCUCGCCUAUAUAUUUAGUCAUUUUGCACUUGAACUGGCGGACGAUGGCCAGUCACGAAAUGGGAUACAAUGGGCCGACCGUAUUGUUGCCCGUGCAACAUCUGAUUUGAAAGUCAACGUGCUGAAGGAUCUCUGGGAGUAG